AAACUAUUAACAAAUAUUCAACACAGCACGCAUUUGAACAGAAACCAAAAAUUUUUCUUAAAGCUUUGAUGUGUUUUCUCAAUAACCUACCAUAUCAAAAAGGAAGACCUUCAAGUAACCUCACAUUAGGGCCUUAUUCUGUUGUGACAGUUGUUUGUUUUCUUGUGUUAUUGCUGCUGUUUGAAAAAUUGAAUUUCCUUUAUUUCGUAUGAUUGAUAAGAAAAGUUCAACUAUGGGAAAAAGUGUAGGCGAAAAAGUGUGUUGUGUGUGUUUAAGCGCAGGUUUCAACUUCAAUAAACUCACCACAAAAGACGGAAGCAAAGUUACAUUACUCACGAAAUUUCGAAUGUGCAUUUCAGAAGUAGUCUGGCUACCCUGUUUUUACAUAUGUACAGAUUGUACCGAAAUACUAGAUACAGUGCACUCAUUUCGUGAGAAGUGCAUAAAGACCGACCGUAUCAGACGGGAAGAGCAGGCAAAACAUGCAGAACAAACCAGCAGCGAAAUUGCCAUCAAAGAUUCCCCGUGUGAAAGCAAUUCAAUUCAGGAUGCACGGACGAAGGCAGAAGACUCGCAAACCGGUAUCAAUGAGGCUCUAGAAUGUAAUUCGGAUUGUGAAAACGACGGGUCUAGUCAUUCUAGCGAAAAUGAUCAGGAAAAUGGCGAAUUGGACCGAAAACCCAAAAAGAAUAUUGUGGCCUUUAAAUCGAGUAGAAUACUGAGAAGAAAGAGAAACAGGAAAUUUGCAUGUUACAAAUGCGAGAAAAGCUUUACAGCUAGCACGAAAUUGGUCAGUCAUUGUGUGAAAGAUCACCAAAUGGAAUCGAAGAACAUCAAGCCCUUUGCCUGUGACAGCUGCCCUCAAAGAUUCUCGUCUUCUUCAAACUUGUGGCAACAUGUUAAGUACCACGAUGGGGUGAAAUCCAGCAUAUGUUUGUACUGUGGAAAGGGCUUUAUUACUAAAACUGAUUUGCUCAAUCACGAAAAGAAGCACCUGAAUAUGCGGGAAUACAAAUGUGAAUCUUGCAGCAAAAGCUUCAACACUCACAAAGACAUUAGGUCGCAUCGUCUGAUUGUUCACACCGACUCUUCCAAAUGGAAAUACAUUUGUGAAAUUUGCACAAAACCAUUUCCAAUUAAAUCCAACUACGACAGCCACAUGAGAAGACACAUGGGCGAUAAAAAAUUCGCCUGCCAUUUGUGUGAGAAGAAAUUCACCACCAAAUGCGACCUGCAAAGGCAUACCAGAAGCCAUUCCGAUGUUAGAGAACAUCAGUGUUCGUACUGUGAUAAGGAGUACAAGGAUGAACGAGUCUUGAAGGUUCAUAUGGCCAAGUUGCAUGGUAUCGGGAAAGUGAAAAUCCCAGUGAGGACACGCAAUUACGUGUGCCACUUUUGUCCAAAGGCCUAUUUUGCUAAAAAUAAGCUGACUCGACAUCUUUACACGCAUUCAGGAGAAAAGCCUUUCAAGUGUCCGAUUUGCGACAAAAAAUUCAACGACAAAUCCUACGUUAAGCAGCAUUUGAAGAACAGCCAUAAUGUGGAUAGUCAAGACGCGGAGAAAACGAAACUUUGCUACUUGGGAGUUAGUGAAGUGAAGCAGGAAUUGGCGCAGUUUAAUAUGUAGAUUACCGUUGUGGUAUUGCCAGGAAUAUAUUUUUUUCUUUUAAUAUGAAA